GGUUUGCUUUUGUUCACGCACACACUUUCUCUCUCUCUAUCAGAUCACCACAACAAUCGUGCCUUCUUCCUUGAUCCUCUCUGCCUUUUGACUCCUUUGGCUUCCUUCUUCUCCCUCCAGUCCUCCUUCCCUCCUCAAUCGCGAAAUCCCCCCAAAACCCUCAUCCCCCAACCAAUCCACAAUUCCGCUGCUAAUUUGAAUUCGCAUUGCUGCUGCUGCUGCUGCUGCAGGAAUGGCCGCGCCGGAGCUUGCACAGACCGAUCCGGAGGGGAUCGAGGGGGUCCGGAUGACAUGGCUCAACUGGCCCAGGACGAAGGUGGAGGCCUCAAAGUGCGUGAUCCCAAUUGCCGCCUCAAUUCAGCCGAUCCGGCCCCAUGUGGAUCUGCAGAUCCUUCCCUACGCCCCCCUCCGAUGCAAGACGUGCUCCGCCGUGUUAAACCCAUUCUGCCGGGUGGAUUUCUCCGCCCUGAUAUGGAUCUGCCCCUUCUGCUUCCAGAGGAACCCUUUCCCGCAGCAUUAUUCGUCGAUUUCCCAGACGAAUAUGCCCGCCGAAUUGUACCCCAAUUUCCCCUCAAUCGAGUACUUGAUCCCCAAUUUCCAGAAUCCUCCGCAGGGCUACGGCGCUGCCGUGCCGCCUUCUCCGAUUUAUUUGUUGGUUCUGGAUACGUGCAUGCUGGAAGAGGAGUUGGAAUUCGCGAAAUCGGCGCUGAAACGGGCGAUUGGGAUGCUUCCGGAUAAUGCCAUGGUUGGAUUCAUUUCCUAUGGCACUCAGGUGCAGGUUCACGAGUUAGGCUUUUCAGAGAUGUCAAAGGUUUAUGUGUUCCGGGGCGCCAAGGACAUCUCAAAAGAUCAGGUCUUGGAGCAGUUAGGCCUUGGCGGUGUUGGGGCUCGCCGGGCUGGACAACCAGGGAUUCAUAAGGGCGGCGGCCCUAGCCCCGUGGCGCUGGCUGGCCCCAAUACCAAUACCGGAAUUAAUCGUUUCCUUUUACCGGCUUCAGAAUGUGAAUAUACUCUGAAUUCGUUGUUGGAUGAAUUGAUGACAGAUCAAUGGCCAGUGGCACCUGGGAACAGGGCAUUGCGGUGCACUGGAGUUGCACUCAAUGUUGCAGCUGGGUUGCUCGGGGCCUGUAUGGCAGGGACUGGUGCACGAAUUAUUGCGUUGGUCGGUGGUCCUUGCACUGAAGGUCCUGGAGCGAUUGUAUCAAAAGAUUUGUCUGAUCCAGUACGUUCGCAUAAAGAUCUUGACAAAGAUGCGGCACCAUUCUUUAAGAAAGCGGUCCAAUUUUAUGAUGAGCUUGGAAAACAGUUGGUUAGUCAAGGACAUGUGUUGGAUGUCUUUGCCUCUGCACUUGAUCAGGUUGGAAUUGCUGAGAUGAAGGUUGCCAUUGAAAAAACUGGUGGACUUGUUGUUUUGGCUGAAAGUUUUGGCCACUCUGUCUUCAAGGAUUCAUUCAAGCGCAUUUUUGAAGAUGGGGAACAGUCUCUGGGCCUUGCCUUUAAUGGGACAUUGGAGAUCAACUGCUCAAAGGAUAUAAAGAUACAAGGAAUCAUUGGGCCUUGCACUUCACUGGAAAAGAAAGGGCCUGCUGUUGCUAGCACAGCUAUAGGACAGGGAAACACUACUGCUUGGAAGCUGUGCGGCCUUGAUAAAAAUACUUGCUUAACCGUCUUAUUUGAUGUUGCUUCUAGUGAAAAAUCUGACCCUGCUGGGCCAAAUCCUCAACUGUACAUUCAGUUCCUUACAAGUUAUCAAAGCCCUGAUGGCCAGAUGCGGUUGAGAGUCACAACUGUUACUAGGCGAUGGGUGGAUAGUACAUUGGGUAAUGAGGAUUUAGUUCAAGGGUUUGACCAAGAAGUUGCUGCUGUAGUAAUGGCUAGAUUAGCUUCAUAUAAAAUGGAGAUGGAGGAAGGUUUUGAUGCCACAAGGUGGCUAGAUAGGAAUCUGAUUCGUCUGUGUUCCAAAUUCGGGGAAUAUAGAAAAGAUGAUCCAGCUUCAUUCACACUGAAUCCAUGUUUUUCAUUGUUCCCUCAAUUCAUGUUUAAUCUGCGGAGAUCACAAUUUGUUCAGGUAUUUAAUAAUAGUCCGGAUGAGACUGCCUAUUUCCGCAUUCUAUUGAAUCGGGAGAGCAUAAGCAACGCUGCAGUCAUGAUUCAACCAUCAUUAAUAUCAUAUGCAUUUAAUUCCUUGCCUGCACCAGCUUUGCUGGAUGUCCAAUCCAUAGCAGCUGAUCGCAUUCUAUUGUUAGAUGCAUAUUUUAGUGUAGUUAUUUUCCAUGGAAUGACAAUAGCUCAAUGGAGGAACAUGGGCUACCAACAUCAGCCAGAACACCAGGGUUUUGCACUUUUAUUGCAAGCCCCGCAUGAUGAUGCCCAAUUAAUAAUCCGUGACCGGUUUCCCGUUCCCAGACUUGUGGUUUGUGAUCAGCAUGGCUCUCAGGCAAGGUUCCUUCUGGCAAAGCUGAACCCUUCGGCCACCUACAGCAACGCCCAUGAGAUGAACACCGGAUCCGAUGUAAUAUUCACUGACGAUGUGAGCCUACAAGUAUUCAUUGAUCACCUCCAGCGGCUGGCAGUCCAAGGUUCUUAACAAAGUGAAGAAGAAGACUUGCCUUGUCUCCUGGAUUAUAUGCAAAAAAUACAAACAAAAACAAUCAAAAUCAAAAUGAUGGGAAUGAAACUAUCUAUGGUUAUUGCAGAGAUGAGAGCAGACCCUUCCUUGUUUACUAUAUGUUGAUAUUCUUUUGGGGGUUUGACAUCACACAGAAGAAGCUCUUUUGCUUCUCUUUUUUAAUUUUUUUAUGAAGCUCUCCAGGGACACCUCAACUCAAAUUCAGAGCAUAUUUUGUAAUCUUUUUUUCUUUUUUGGAUUGAACAUAUGGUUGUUGUAAGUUAACUAAGAGAAGAAUGACAUUUUUGGGCUUCACAGUGGUAGGGAUUUUUCUUUUUUCGGGUGGACAGAUCUGUAUACACAAUUAUAUUCGACUGUUUCCCAAUAAUUGUUACCUGUCAUGCAGUCAAUCAAAUAUUUUACUUAA